AAGGAUUGAGCGCAUUGAACAGGCAGAGUUACAAACAGAUGAAAAACAAGAGGGGCAAGACAAAAAGAUAGACAGACUCAUAGAAAUAAACAAGUAACCACACAUACAAUACAAACAGGCAGACCCACCAGAAUGGAAGCAUUGUCACGUGAUUCUCCGCCCUUGGAACCGCCCCUAUAUUAAAAGGUGGAACUGCCUCACUUAGCACUCUGAAUCAUAUGGUGAGGAUCUCACAUUUGGCACAGCAUGCUUCUAAGGGUGAAACAGUAUUGGUUGAUAUUCAGGACAAAAGCAUCUUCACCUGUUCACGAAAGACCGUGGGAGUAGGAGUGGUCCUCAUAUUGGUGGUCAUUGGUGUCAUCUACUCUAGGGGCAUCAGACACCCUGUCUCUUCAAGGUCUUUGAACAUAAAAGAAAUGCAGCUCAGAAAACGUUUAGAAAGAAAGAGACAGACCGAACAAACUGAAAAGACUGCUACAGUGAUCAUAAGCAACAAAGUUAGUGUAACUCAGCCAGAAAACGCUGCCAUUACUAUGCGUGAGCUAGAAAUGAGGGGAACGAACGAUGAAGCAAGGAUGACGCUUGAGACAGUCUCGGAAAACAACCUGCCAACACAACAACCAUUGCAGAGACAGGCCAAGAGAGCAUGUGAUAGGGACAACAGUGCCAUCAAUUUGGCAGAAGUAAAGUCGAGUGCAGAAAGACAACAGGCUGUUGUGAAUGCAUUCUGUCAUGCAUGGAAAGGCUACAAAUCUUACAGCUGGGGUGCAGAUGAACUGGCACCUGUAUCACAGACACAAAUCCACUGGUUUGGAUUGGGUAUAACCAUAAUCGAUUCAUUAGACACAAUGUGGAUUAUGAAGUUAACAGAUGAGUUUCAUAGCGCACGAGAGUGGGUGGCAAAUAACUUGAAUUUCAAUCAGGCUGCUUGGGUAAACUUAUUUGAAACAACAAUUCGUGUCCUUGGAGGUCUUCUCAGUGCAUAUCACCUAUCACAAGAUGAUCUCUUCAAGGCUAAAGCUAUUGAUCUAGGAGAUAGGCUGCUACCAGCGUUCAGGUCACCAUCUGGCAUUCCCUACUCUGACGUCAACCUGCAACAUGGUACUGGUGCUACACCAAGCUGGGCAACUAUUAGCACAACCUCAGAAGCAACAACUGUGCAGUUGGAAUUUCGAGACCUUUCAAGAAUAACUGGGAAGAAGAUUUACCAAACAACUGUGGAUCAAGUGCUAAACGUAUUGCAUCAACAACCAGUAGCCGACAGCUUGUUGCCCAUUUUUGUUUCGCCAAUAACGGGCAAAUUUGACAAAACUGCAGCAAUUACGCUUGGUGCACGAGGUGAUAGCUAUUAUGAGUAUUUACUCAAACAGUGGCUGCAAUGUGGAAAGAAAGAAAGCAGAUUUCGAGAUUGGUAUGUGGAAAGUAUGGAUGGUGCUCAACGUAAACUUAUUCAACGGACCAAGCCACACAGUCUCCUCUUUGUAGGAGAGCUACAGAAUGGAAUAUUCAGUCCCAAAAUGGACCACCUUGUUUGCUUCUUGGCAGGGACACUGGCACUCGGAGCUCACAAUAAUCUAACUAGAUCCCAUAUGGACAUAGCAAAGGAGCUGAUGUAUACAUGCGUCCAGAUGUACGAAAGAAUGGAGACUGGUCUAAGCCCUGAGAUAGUGUAUUUUAAUCAAGACAGUUCAAAACAGGAAGACAUCAGAGUGCAGCCUGCAGAUACACACAAUCUUCUUCGACCCGAGACUGUGGAGUCACUAUUUAUUCUCUACCGACUGACCAGAAACAAAACAUAUCAAGAAUGGGGCUGGAAGAUAUUUCAAGCGUUUGAGAAGUAUACUCGUGUACAAAGUGGUGGAUAUUCAUCCAUUGCCGACGUCCGAUCACCAGAAGAUCCUCAAUAUAAAGACAAAAUGGAAAGCUUUUUCCUUGGAGAAACACUAAAAUAUCUUUAUCUCUUGUUCGAAGAAGAUUUCAGUGUGAUUUCACUGGAUGAGUUUGUUUUCAACACGGAAGCUCACCCACUUCCCAUAUGGACUUAAGUUUACCUGCUGCUAUCACGAUUUUUAUACUGUUGCAUGUGACUAACUACAAACCUACUUCCUGUUCUUUGUUCAUAUUGUAUAUACAAUGUAUUGCUAACUUAAUGAAAGAACUAUCAAACACAAUGUUAAAAAAGAUACAUAUUAAGCAUUUAAUUAAUAAAACAUAAUACAUAAUAUCAAUAACAUGA